AUGCCAUACCCCCUGGAAAAGAUCGCACCGUACCAGUUCGAUUGGAAACAACCUCUCAAUUCCUUAACUGACUAUCAGGGUUCGGACACGUCAUGUGAAUCCCAAACAUGCGAAUCCCCAAGCAUCGCCUCACAGCAGACCGCACUAUACAGGCCCGUUGGCCGGGAAGAGUCGCUGGCUACCGAGCAACACGACCCGGCGCUUGACCUGAUUACCACCCAUCAAAAUCUCACCAUGAUGAGCCAGUUUCUUCUUAAGCUCGAGACACGCACUAAGACCGUAUCCAAAAUUGACGUCCGAAGAACCCUGGACGCAAUCAGCAACAACCGUCAAUAUACAGCCGAGAUGAACAACAUAUUUGACUGCAGACAGCUUGUUGACGACAUAAGGGAACUCACUUCGGAUCUCUAUGCUCGAAUUUUUGACCUUGACCAUGAGAUGAAGAAGAUGAGUCGCGAGAAUCGAGACGCUGCUGGGCAGUCGAUGUCUUUUCAGCUGCACGGGGAGAGCUAUGUCAAGAAAUGGAUCCAACUGGAAAUUGACAACAACGCAAAGCGCGAGGGGGAGACAUGCUGGUACACUGUCAAGGACCUGAAGGCUCAGCGCCAUAUUCGCGAGUGGAUGGAGUACUUGCGUCGCAGGUACGGCGCGGGGAAUGCUCUGGCGGAGGAGUACGAGCUUGUCAAGUCUGCCUGGAGCUAUCUCGACAGGAGCCUUCGUCCGCCGUGGCCGAGGUAUCCCAUCUCUGUCAAUGACUUCAUUGAGGAAUGGAACUCCAUGCGAGCAGCUGGUGCAUUUGAGUGCGCCUUGGAAGAUCCAGCCCGGCAGAACCGUGAAGAUGAGGUGUCUCUGAUCACGCUUCGGGAUCUCUGGACUGACAGGAUGGCUCACCAGUCACUGCAGUCCACGAAAUGA